UAUACACGCUGUAACAUUGUGUCAGUUAAAGAGAAACGAGAUUAUUAGAAAUUACGAAAUAAAUUACUGUGUCACCAUUGUUUUUUACGAUACGUAUCUGUGCGAAUUCCUGAUUCAGAACAGCAAGAUCUGAACACAUUUGAAUAAAAUCUUCAAGUAAAGGUGGUGAAAAACAAUCUACAGAUAAUCUAGAUAUGCGAUAUGGAAAAAAUCAACAGUGACGUACAAGUUAGACACAGAUUUUAAAAAAUCAUGUUAAAAGAUUUUUUCACAGUUAUGAUUAAAACAACAAAGUAAAAGAAUUUGACAUCAAAUAUUGCUGACAAAUUUGUUAAAUAAAAGUAGUAGAAGGCGGAUCAAGGAAAAACUAUAUCAGAUUAAUCACGAUUAAUCAACUGACAUAAUUGCUCUGGUAUAGUUACGAUAUACUUGCAGAAAAAACACAGAUUCUUUUCUCAAAAUGAAAAAAUCAAAAAGUGACAAGCCGAAUGAAGAAAAUGUGAAACCCGGUCCCUCUAGACAAAUAGAAAAAUCAACAAGUGACGAAAGUUCGGAAGACGAAGGUUCCCGUCUCUCUAGACAAAUGGAAGAAUUAAACAGUGAUGACAACACAGAGGAUGAAGCUUCCAGUUCAACUAGACAGCCGAGCGCAGAAAAGAAGAUAUUUAUUUGCGAUAUUUGUAAUAAAAAAAUACCGACGCGGGGAGGGUACUUUCGCCAUCGACGCAGACACUUAGAAAAAAAUAAGUAUGAAUGCCUGGAAUGUUUUAAAAAAUUCAAUUUUUUAUAUGCCCUAAAAAGACAUUUAGAAACCCACAAACGUAAUAAGAAUUAUUCUUGCAAGAUAUGCAACAAAAAGUUCGUUUCUGUAUACAAAUUGAGUAAACAUUUGCAGUCGACACACAAUAUUAAUACCUUGGAGUGUGAUCAGUCUAUUGAAGCUUCACCGUCACUUAUAGAUUUUUUCCUCAAAAUAAAAAAACCAAAAAGUGACAAGCAGAAUAAAGAGAAUGUAAAAGUCGAAGCCGGUCCCUCUAGACAUAUAGAAGAAUUAAUAAAUGAGGAAAAUUUGGAGGACAAAGGUUCCCGUCUUUCUAGACAAAUGGAAGAAUUAAACAGUGACAACACAGAAGAUAAAGCUUCCGAUUCAACUAGACAGCCGAGCGCAGAAAAGAAGAUAUUUAUUUGCGAUAUCUGUAAUGAAGAAUUUCAAACAAUAAGUAAUUACGAUCGACAUCGACGCGAACACUUAGUAAAAAAUAAGUUAGUAUGCUCUAAAUGUUUUCAAACAUUCAAUGCUUCACAAGACCUAGAAGUACAUUUGAAAACCUGCAAACAUGAGAUAUAUGUUUGCAAGAAAUGCAAGAAACAGUUCGAUUCUGUAUCCAAAUUGAGUAAACAUUUGCAGUCGACACACAAUGUUAAUAUCGUGGAGUGUGAUAAGUGUGAGAAAUCUUUUAAGAACCGUAGUCACUUUAAAGAUCACCAUAUGAUACAUAGUGACAGAUUAACGUUUAAGUGCAAUGUUUGCGGUAAGAAAUAUGCCUCGAAGUGGCGAUUAUCGGAGCACGAAUUGGUGCAUAAGGACGAGAAAAAUUACAGAUGCGACAAAUGCAACAAAUAUUACAAGAGACAGGGAGAUUUGAAUCGGCACAAACGUAAAAAUCACCCCUAGAAAAAUUUGUCGCAGAAUGAGCAACGUGAUGAAGGCUUCAGAUUGGAAAUUAAUCUCGAACGUCAGAAAGACUCGCAAGAAUCAAGACGAGGCGAGCUUGAGUUAAAUAAGAUUUUAGAAUGCGAUGAGGACGGCAAAUUGCAGUCCAAACGUGACAAUGCGAUAUUUGAAUGAAAAGAGAAACGCUUGUCCGGUUCUAACGAGAAUAUAUUUAAAGGUAUUGAGGCUGUACCACAGCUAAUAGCACCAACAAGUAGUCGGAACGAGCUCCAGAAGGACGAACGUGAAUACAUUGAACAUAUUGAACAUUCCGAGAAAAAUCCGCCUACGAAUCAACAACGCGACGAGAGAGCAAUUGAGUUCUUGAUCGAUGCAGAUGAGGCUGCAAAUGAACUGGCAAUUGAAUAUGAAAAAUAUCAACUGCAGGUGGCACUUAACGAAAGCUUGAAUUUUGAAUAGAACCCCUUAAAACAAAUUGAACAUUCCGUGAAAAAUCCACCUACGAAUCAACAACGUGGUAAAAGCUAUGAAUUCAAAAUUAACGUGCAAGCGUCGCAAGCAUCAACAAGUAGAGUAGAGUCGAUCGACAAUAUCGAUGAUAUAAUUGGAUCUUAGUCCGACGUAGAAAUGCAGAUUUGUCUUCAAAAUGAACCAAUUGAAGAACGAAAUUUUUUUAAUGAUUAUAACAAUGUCACAUUUGAAUAUGACAAUCAGGAAACAUUUGAAUCAGGUACCCGCACGAUAAAUGCACCUAAAAUCGACAGCUCCGAGCUCGACAUUGAAACGCAAGCAUUGCAAGCAUCAACAAGUAGAGUCGAGGUGAUCGAGGUCGAAGAAGUUCAACAGCGAAGUUCAUAUAAUUGCUACCGUUGCGCCGCGACAUUUAGAAGGAAACAAGAUUUGCAGAAGCACAUCAAACUGCAUACGGACGACAGUAAAUCUAUAUUGUGUAACGUAUGUGGCGAGCUUUUCGAGGAAACAAACAUAGAGCGGCACGAAUGUAUUAAACACUCCAAGAAGAACGUAUAAAUGUCUGAGGUACAGCAAAAGGUUCGGGCUGGAAGAAGAUUAUUUUGAAAAUCACGAAAAGUUUUACCAAUUCUCGCAAGGAAGUAAACACGAGUUUCAGUACGAACUUUACACAAGAAGACAUUUAGCUUGAAAUUGAAUUGUGCUAAAGCAUUUUCCACAGCACCAAUACGACAGAAAAUUGAAAUGUAAUAUUGCGACACAAAUUUUGGUAAGCUCGACGAAUGAUACAAAUACAAAUGUCCAAACGAAGCAAAUAUUGCCAUAGAGGAGCGUUUAAGUGAUGGUGCAACAAAAGUUUCAAUCAUGAAAGAAAUUUCGAAAUUCACUUAAUUAAUUGCAUAAAAUCUCAGCCUUAUCUAAA